AUACUCCUUCUUUGCCUCCGCUACGCGGUAAAGAGAGAGGGGGACGGCGAUCGCCAUCGAUGGAGCUCGUUCCUUAUUCGUCAAACCCUAAGUCCGAUUCGAACGUCCCUUGGUCGGAGAUGUUCCGAUCCGCCUCCCUCCGCCGCCCGCCGGACUCCCUCCCUCCCUCCCGCGCCCCUUCCCCUACCCCGUCCAGCCGCCGCCGCGAGGACCACCCGCCACCUGCCGCCACUGCUGACCCGGCGCUCCUUGCGCUGUACAUCGCCAUGGCACACGCCGGCCUCGCGCUAUCCCUUCUGCUGCUCUACGGCCUCUACCGCCUCCUGCAUGACUUCGUUCGCCCCCUCCAGUGGGCGCUCCUCUGCUCCAUUCCCCUCUGCGAGCUCCAUAGCGCGCUUGUUGCCUUCUGGUCCCCGCCCCUCCGCCUCGGCCUCGCUCAUACCCUCCUCGCCAUCCCCUCAGCCCUCCUCGGCGCCUCCGCCGACACCCUCUCCGAUCUCCGCACUGCCAUCCUCCGCCGGAAGAUCCGACCUUCAAGCAAGGUCGGCUUCUCCCGCCUCAUUCGCUGGCUCGUAUCCUUCUGGGUCUUUGUUAUCUCAUAUGAGAAUCUUGGCCCCGUCGCUGCCUUCGGUCUAUUCGCCCUCGGCUUUCUCCUCGCCACUCCUACCGCCACCUCUGCUGUUAAAAAUGCCAGCUUUGCCUGCCGUCCCUCCCCCAAAUCCUCCUCGGACAAGGGUAGCGGUGGAUUCUUCACUAGUCCCAUCCUGAAGCACCUGAACACCAUCAUUGCCGUCAGUUUAAUCGUGUGGAUGAUCAUCGGAACUUUAGCUGGUGGCAUAUUCUUCUCCUAUAAGGUCGGAGUAGAAGGGAAGGAUGCUGUGAUAUCGCUGAAAUCUCAUGUCCAGAAUAGCAAUUACGCUGAGAGGAUCGGAUUCAAGAAGUGGAUGGACGAAAACGAUAUCCCUGGCCUGGUGGAUCAGUACUCGGCAAAACUGUAUGACACAGUCUGGGAACAGAUCGAUAGCUUGGCCGAUGAGUACAAUGUCACGGAUUUCACCAAUGGUUUUCGGCAUUUCAUGACCAGCCAAUCUGGUAAUCAUUCGGUAGACGCUUCCACUGGUUUGAUAGCCUCAGCGCAGCAUCCUUAUAGCUUAAAGCUCCAAUCUUUGAGCGUGCUCAUCAGGAACCACGAGUGGGGAGAGAUCUACAAAGAACUGGAUUCUUUUUUCAGGGAAUUGCUAAUAACUCGAGAGGAUUUGGUAGUGAAAGCAAAAGGACUUGCUUUCCAAGGGAUUGAAAUCUCAAAAAGGGUUCUCUCGAGCAGUACUUCUGUUCUCGGUGGGAGUGCUAGCUUGAUGGCCUCUUUUGCCCUGAAUGUAGCCUCGGGAGCAGCUGAACUAGUGAAUUUUAUUUCCCAGCUAACAGUAUUCCUCUGGGUGUUAUAUUAUCUCAUUACUUCCAAGUCUGGUGGGGCAACAGAGCAAGUUGUAGAUAUGCUGCCAAUGUCAAAGUAUGCUAGAACUCGUACUGUUGAGGUGAUCAACCAUGCUAUCAGUAGUGUGUUUUUGGCUACUGCAAAGAUUGCAAUCUUCCAAGGUUGCCUGACAUGGCUGGUACUAAGAUUGUACUCGGUUCAUUUUGUAUAUACAUCAACUCUCCUUGCAUUUAUUAGCUCAUUGGUGCCUAUAUUGCCACUUUGGCUAUCAUCAAUUCCUGCUACAGUGCAGUUGUUCUAUGAAGGGAGAUACAUAUCGGCUGCUGUUUUGACUUUGAUAUACCUUAUGCUGAUGGAUUAUGGAACUUCAGUGCUUCAGAAGGAUAUUCCUGGACAUAAUGCAUACCUAACCGGCCUUAGUAUCAUUGGUGGCAUGACAUUGUUUCCUAAUGCUCUAGAGGGAGCCAUUAUGGGUCCACUUAUAAUGACAGUUGUCAUUGCUUUGAAGAAUUUGUAUGUGGAAUUUGUGCUCAUUGAUAAAGAGGAAAAUGAAGGAUAAUUUGUGGUUACAGAUAAGAAAGAUGGUAACAGUUUGUUUUUGUACAUGUAAGAUUGCACAGACUGGGUAGCGGCAUUUGGGAUGUACAUUAGAUCUUCAACGACCUAUCUCUGUUGGUAUAUUUAUGAAUCAUUUUGUGAGUGAUUGCUUUUCUUUAGGUUAUGAUUUUUGUUUCUGUAACAAUGUUGUCUGUUCAAUGAAAAAAAUUGUUAAGUCCCAUUUUUGAAUUUUAGAUAAGCAGCGAUGUACCUAUAUUUUAGUGUAAUAAACUUGCAUUAUUUUUUUCUAAAAACAGAGUCCAUGUAUAUAACCUAUUUGUUUAGUAUUUGAAAGAAGAUAUUUGGUUUAGUUA